AUGGUAGGUGGUCGAAAUGAGGCAGAGUUCCUCAGAAACCUACUGACGGUUCUAUUGGGCCCGCCCUUAUGCCACAACUUCUGUUGGGUGGGCGGAUCCAAGGAGAAGAAGUCCUUCAUGGCCUGUCCACUUUUUGCUGUCCUUAAAGGUAAGUCCAAGUUUUGUUUAUUUUCACGCGCAGAUGUCAUUGCCCAACAUCGCCGUUUUGGCAAAUGCACUAUGGAGAUAUUUCAACGGACAGUAAUCAGGUGGUUUCAUGGAUCACAGGACCGGUACGGAGGAAGAUCGACACGUCGGCAGAACAUUCGUCAGGUACAAACUUUCGGGAUUUUCAUCCACAUUUAUUUAGACUACAGAAAUCACCAUACCUGCCGCCACAUGCCCACAAUUAUCCCCCGCCAAAGAACCGGUAAGCAACUUUAUCGAAUUGCCAAUCCUACAUAGCAUGCUAUUUACUUCAUGUGAUUUUUACUAUUAAAAUCGUACGUAUUGGAUACAGUGUAUCAUCACUUCCGUUGCGCCUGCAUUACGUAUGUCUUACGAAAGUUUUUUUUUGUGCAGGAACUACCAAUGUCCAGUGAAAGUGACUUCUCAUCCUGGAUACGAAGGUCGCUGAAACCCCCAUGAUCCAUGACAGACUUUGUACAUUUACAUUUUUUGACUUACGUAUUCAAUAAAUCGUCCUUCCACAAUACCGCCUUCCGACUUUACCAUCUUCGGUAUCCGCAUUUCCCCUGUAGUGGACCACUUACCGCCGUAGCCUAUCUUGCUUGGGACGUGGAGGUUCGCUGUGACUCGUUUCGGGGUUUUACGUUAGGCGACCGUUUGUCAUGGUUGGCGUUUACGGCCAAAAUAUCGAGGCCGCGAGGAAUGGAGAAAAACGAGAAAAAGCCCGCACGCAAAAUUUUUUUCAAGGUGUGACCAAGUGUGGCCAAUGUGUUGAUGGCCACACCAUAACCACACCAUUUGGCCACACCAUAUUUGCCUCGGCCAAGUGCGGCCAAGUGCGGCUGGUGUAUAGAAUUUCAGUAGCCAUUUUAAACUUCACGCUGGGAGAGCAAGCAAAUCAGUACCGGUUUGCUCCAGGCAAUGUUGGGCCGUAGAUUUAAUGAAUGAAUAUGCGCAUUUAAAGCCAUCAGCAUAAAUAAGAGAUUGGGAAUGUUUUACUGCCGUCAAAAUAUUAAUCUAACGCGGAAACAAGAAGGGCCCUAAAACGCUACCUUAAAGGACAUCAUUAGCAAUAGAGCUCUCAUUGGAAAAGGAAGAUCCCACUAAAACCAUUUGUUUUUGUGUUAAUAAAGUCAAUAAGGGGACUACAGAUUCUCAAAGCUUCUGAUUUAACUGAGUCAUCUGUGGGGCACUUUGUCAAGGACUAUACUAAGACCAAAUAAAUAACGACUACAGACAAAUGAUCAUGAGGUAGAGAAGAAAGUAGGUUGAGAAAUGACAUGUGACACGCUGCACAAGAGCGAUCAGGUAAAAACCAUGUUGAAAAGAUUUGAUAACUUGAUUGGCUAAACAGAAGUCAGUAAAUUUCUUAGUAAAAGUGUUGCUAAAGAUUUUGCAGAGAGAAGAUGUUUUGUGGACACCUCGAUAGUUUUAACAUCAGAACGACAGCCAGAUUUAAAUACUGGGAUAAUAAUAGAAGUUCUCCAAUACUCGAGAUUGAUUCCUAGGGAAAUCUUGCUUGAACGGUCAGCUUAACGCGACAGAUCUGCCGAAUCCCUUAAGCUGCAGCAGGCUGGGCGGGUAAUAUGAUCCAAAUGUGAUGAAAUCUAUGGCUUCUGAUGAGCCCAAAUCCCACCAAGGCAGCCGAGCUUUACAUCGUGGGGUCGAAUGAAUUGUUCAAAUCUACCAACUAAUUCUGUCAUUGCAAAUAUCGAAAAAUUUACUGGUGGUCCCAACCCACACCAUUUAGGCGAAUCAGAAAUAAGUAAAUACCGCGUGUUAUAAAAUAAUUACUCUCGAAAACAUUAGUGACCUUGAACGAACCAAUAGGUUAAGGAUGAUCCGGGAGCAGGAGAUAUUUUGCCUCCGCAAACUGGGCAGAAGUAAAAGGAGUAUGAUAAAUCCUAUAAAAGGGCGCCUAACCUGACAGGCUAUGAUCAUAUGUAUUGCUAUUAUCUUCGUUGAGUAAUGAAGUGUACUACCGCUGCAUGCUGUAUCAUGUCGAAGACCUGAACAAUAUUUCCUGUAUUAGUGGACAUCCAUCCAUCUACCGUCAAUCUAGGCAAUCCGUUCAUGUAACUUAUUGUUAGCGGGCAUUCCUGAGGGCAGUUGCCCAAUUCAUACUGAACUCUGCUUCCGAAAAGUCCGAUAAGGUGAAAUUCGAGGGCUCCAAUUAGUCCUCAGAUUUUGCCGCCUAUCCAGUUCUUCCCUCUGCGUUUCCCACUUUCUCCCAAGGAAUCCCGUAAAAGGUUUACAUGGAGUUUAAACCUAAUAUUCAUGUGGUAUGGAGUUCAGAUUAAAUGAUGGAAUAUUAAAGGCCAUGUAAAGAUUGAAUCUGUUGCAGUAUAAAAAUAGGAUAUUCUGCUACUCCUUUGUUACCAGAGUGCACAUGAAAGGUUACCUGUUGGCUGUUAAACGGUAGUGUACAGUAACAUAUGACCUGUCCACUUAAGGCAUGUGUGACGCUCAACUACAUUCUGUGCCAUACCAUUACUGCGUCUAGUCCAAAUUUGAAUGGGCUGAGAGGAGACGGAGGUAUGGCAGGAAUACAGACCAUACCCGAUAUAGAAGUCAGCAACUCGCACAAAAUCUGCAUGAAAUAACAAAAAUUACGUGUUUUGUGUCUGGCAUUUUAUCAAGAAAUUCACGAUGACAUAUUCUUUCUGUAUCUCUCUGUUGACCGCGUUUUGAGUGCGUAUGUCGGUGCGUUACCUUACUUUAUUGAACCGAGGAUGGUCGGUGUCGUGCUUUCGAUUUCACACGUUUGUAUGGGAUUUUUUAUAUAUCGCCGUUUUAUAUGCAUACGGACUAUUUAAACAAUUAUCGACUUGAAGACUUCGGUAACAUCAAGGUUGAUGUGGUUUACCUGGCGCCCAGCUGUGGAUGCGCUCGUUCAUCAAUUAUGCCUAAUACAUCAGAGGAGAAAGAAAGUUUCCUAACUCACAGAAAAAAGACACAAGCCGGAAAUCAACAAAAAACCGUGAAGGGUAGGAUUAAUGAACUAAAAAAUUACGAAUGUAGCGUCGCCUGCUGUGGACGGCUUGGUAAAUUCCCUUGUCACUCUUUAACUCUUUAGCCCGGAAAAUAUCAUGCCUCCUUACACUUUACGUUUUACUUUUCCUUUUUCUGA